CAUCUUAGUAAAACUCUUGAUGGUUGGCUGUGGCACUCCAAUACAUACUCAUGUGAUCAUACACUUUUAUUGCAUGAUGUGACUGUUUUUUUUAUUGAUAUUCUCUCUUUUUUGACCACAGGGAAGAGUUUCCAGCAGCAAAGAGAAGCCAUGAAACAGACCAUAGAAGAAGAAAAGGAGCCGGAGAAGUCUGGGAAGCUGUGGUGUGCGAAGAAGAACAAGAGGAAGAGAAAGAAGCUGCUUUACAACACCCAAAAGAAUGAUGAUGUUGACAACGGGGAGAUCCUGACCUAUGAGGAGAUGGCUCUGUACCACCAGCCGGCCAAUAGGAAGCGGCCGAUUGCACUGAUUGGCCCAGGCAGUUGCGGGCAGGCGGAGCUCAGACAAAAACUGCUCAACAGCCAACCGGAGCGCUUCGCUGGAGCCGUGCCCCACACCACUCGGAGCCGGCGGGAAGGCGAGCUGGGCGGUCGAGAUUAUCACUUUGUGUCUCGUCAGACGUUUGAGGCAGAACUGUCAGCAGGAAAGCUGAUUGAGUCUGGAGACUUUGAGAAGAACAUGUACGGGACGAGUUCUGACUCAGUGAGGCAGGUCAUCAACACUGGGAAGAUCUGUGUGCUCUGUCUGCACACACAGGCUCUAAAGGUCCUGAGGAGUUCAGACUUAAAGCCUUACAUCAUCUUCAUAGCCCCGCCCUCCCAGGAAAGACUCCGCAGCCUAUUGGCUAAAGACAACAAAAACCCAAAGCCCGAGGAGCUGCGGGACAUCAUUGAAAAGGCGCGAGAGAUGGAGCAGAGCUGCGGACAUCUGUUCGACGCCGUCAUCGUCAACACGGACCAGGACAAAGCCUUCAACGAGCUGCUGAGACUCGUCAACAAACUGGACACUGAGCCACAGUGGGUGCCCUGCUCCUGGCUGCGCUGAGAACACACACACACACACACGUUAUAAAGUGACAAUGGAGUACACUUUGAUACAUUCAACAAACUGGAACCUUAAGCGCUGUGUGGGAGUUACACAGAGUGUCUGUUAAGGGAAACUAAUCUGAGAUUUUGAGAGUUUCAAUGUUAUGAGAAAACAUAUCAGUGGUGGAGAGUCCUAAAACCUAGAAAUGAGUUAUCAUUAUAGAACUUCUUCUUGACUCAUCUCAAAGCUUUUUGAACAUGUUUUGGAUAGAUGUCUGAUUUAAGGUCUGUGGUUACCACGAGCUGAAUAUAUUUUCACGUUUUGUCCUACGACAAAAAAUACCUCAGUAAACACUCAAUUUCAAAACGGCGGUUACUAACAAAUGUCUAAAUGAGACGACUAAAUGUCAUCACACCCAACAUUAGCUGCCUUUAUCUUAGCGGUGUUGAUGUGAAGUCAUGUGACCGUGAUGUGGUUUUAUAGUGUAGCGUUAGCUUUUGAGUUCAGAAGAUUGAAAACAUUACGAGUAAAACGUUAUAAAAGUGGUGUUAAAAUGUGGAGAUUAUCCAGCUGAACUAAAAGUGUAAGUAUCCUAAAGGUGUUACUGCCACAGAUCUUACUUUCUGCAAGUUUCCGAAAUCAAAUAAAACAAAUCCCAUUGAUUUUUGUCAUGGGAACCGGUGCGCUUCCUACAAAGAUGCAAAAACUUUAUAGCCUCAGUUCAUCUAAAUCUCCUCAUUACACACAUAAAAGCUAAUAUCUGGAAUAUUUCUUUUAAAUCUACGACUUCAUUAUAUUGCCUUAUUUCUAGCAUUUUUUUUUAGAUAAGCUUUUAUAUAACAAUACUUACUUCUCAAAAUGUUCUAUUCAAAUCUGGUUUAUACCGUAUUGCCAAAAACUACAACAAAAAAAUGAGAACUACUUUAAGCCUUCUAUCAAUAUAUAUAUAAGGAUUUAAAAUGUUAGGAUUUUACAUUGUAUACAUAUAUUAUAUUAUUAUCAAUUUCAACUUUAAUCUCAUAACAUAAUGACUUUUAAAAAAUUCAAAUCUCAGAUUAGAGUUUGUCUUCGCAUUGAUUCUGAUGACGCUAAAUAGCACACAGUCAGCAUCCUGUAGAAUGUAUUAACCAGGCACUGAUGAUAAUACUUCAUGCUAUAUAAACCUUAUGUGUAUUCACUGUCCUUAAAGGGAGAGACCCUCACUGGGGUCUCGCACACACUCAUCUUCUAAUCAUCACACUGUAGUGAGACCAAAACAUGGACCUGGAUAAUCCUUUCUUCUUGUUUUAUUUUAAGAGAGGAAUGUGGGGCCUCAUCAAAGUUGCAUUCUUUUGUCUUGUGACCAUUUCAACCAUAAUAAUUCAACAUAUUUAAACUAUAACAAUCCACUUAUUUAAACUUUUUGCAGAGCUUAGAAUAUAUGAAAUUAAAAUCAAAUCAAUCUUCUUAUUUUCUUAUUACGGUCAAAUAAAUGAGGCCCCUGGUGAGCAAUAAAUGUGACACUAAUUGAAAUCCCUGAGCCACGGCAUUCACUGCUAUUAGGAACACACACUCACACACACUCUGUAUGAAGCAGUGUAUGGAGUCCACUGACUGACUGACUGACUGUUGAACAGACGGCUCUUCACGAUUUCCAAUGAACACUGAGAUAAACGACACAGCACUUGAUAUUUUCUCUUUCUCUUGUUUCUGACUGACUGUCCCGUCUGAUCACAUUAAGUAGAGAUGACCUCUGACCCUGAGCUGCUGGGUUAAGAAACCGUGAACGUUUUAGUCUUUAGCUGGCACAUGAUGCUGAAUUUAUGAUAUAUUUUGUGUGUGCGUGUGAACGAAUGUGUGUCUCAAAUGUGAUGGCCUGACAAAGUAUCACUGUUAUCACUGGGUAGAGCAUUUAUAUAUUUGUUAUAUUGAAGAUAGGUUUAUGAAGUCAAGAAUGCACCAAUAGGAUCGCAGGUUCCACCUUUCGCCAUUCGUUAAGGAGGACGAGGGGGCGGGGCUUCACUGUAUUGAAUGUAACGUGAAUGGACACUACUUCCUGUUAUCAGAAAUCCCUUCUCCUGAGUAAAUCUGUAUGAAUAUUCACAAUGAAUAAAUAAAUAGAUGAUUGAU